CACGAUUGAUACGAUAAUGUCAUAAGCACGUUGUGGGUUCCGACACCUUUUAUAGCUCAUAUAUCUUGUAAACUUGUCAAACGCACGCCUCUCUGGCGAGGGGAUUGGCUGCAACGCGUAAAAUAGCCAAUCAAGGGGACCGUCUCAUUAGUGGCUGGCGGCUAGUCACCCCGGGUCGUUUGCUUGCAUGCUGACUUGUGCGUCGGACUGGUCAUUCACUGAACACAAGCAGUCUGUACGCAGGAGAGAGAGAGAGAGUCGAUGUUACACGAACAGAUACCAGUGCCGACCAUGGCGUACCACCCGUUCCUGGCGGCCUCCAAGGCGCUGGAUUUCCCCAUGCCGUCGUUCCUGGCCCAGCCGGGCCUGUUCCCGGGGAUGCCGUUGCUGCCCAGCGGCGCUCACGGGCUGGGCAUGCCCAAGCUGAGCGAUCCCUCGCCGGGACAAACACCAGCAGACGUCAGCAAGGCACUCGGAGGCGCCGGCUCUGUUCUCCGCCCGAUCCCGCAACAACAGGACGACGACUCCGAGGACCCUCAAGUCGAACUGGAAUACAAGGACCUGUGGGAUCAAUUCCACACGUACGGGACGGAGAUGGUCAUCACCAAGUCCGGAAGACGGAUGUUUCCGAGCUUUAAAGUGAAGGUAUCUGGACUAGACAAGCGAGCCAAGUACAUCUUCCUCAUGGACAUCGUGGCAGCUGACGACUGUCGCUACAAGUUUCACAACUCGCGCUGGAUGGUGGCCGGGAAGGCCGACCCGGAGAUGCCCAAACGCAUGUACAUCCACCCCGACUCCCCGGCCACAGGAGAGCACUGGAUGUCCAAAACCGUGUCCUUUCACAAGCUCAAACUCACCAACAACAUCUCGGACAAACACGGUUUUGUAAGUCUCCCUCAAACAAUUCUCAAUUCGAUGCAUAAAUACCAACCACGGUUCCACAUCGUGAAGACCAACGACAUCAUGAAGCUUCCCUACUGUCACUUCCGCACCUAUGUCUUCAGGGAAACGGCGUUUAUUGCAGUCACAGCCUACCAGAACGAAAAGAUCACCCAGUUGAAAAUCGACCACAAUCCUUUUGCCAAGGGGUUCCGAGACACCGGUGCCGGCAGACGUGGUGAGAAAAGGAAACACCUCCAUACUUUCGGCCACCAACAUCCCGGGUUUCUGGAGGAAGGGCAUUCUAGUGAUUUGGAGACCGUAGAUUGCGGGGACACAGUAACGGAAAAGGAGCCGAGACUUGAAAGUCGGCCGCCUUUGUCUCCGAAAGAGCCAGCGUCACCGGUUGUUGAAGGGAGUCCAUCGGUAGGCGCCAAUUACAGAACAGAGCCGGGCUCCCGCCCAUUCGCCACCUGCUCGGGCGAUGAAGGCAGCGAACAGCAGGAGAGACCUGCGUCACUUCACACGCACAAGGGCAACUGCACGGAGACCAACAAGUCCGCGCAGGAAUGUCACCGGAGGGACGCACCGCCGCACUGUGGGAACGAGAUCAGACCAGGCACCGCCGCACUCAGGGAAGGAGAGGAGAGAGGCGCCCACGGUGGUGGUGGCGCGUCGGACAAAGAAAACGGAGAACAUCAUCACAACGAAAAGACAGAAUCACAACAACAACAACAACGAGAAAAGAACCUGGAGAAAAAAGCCGUCCAUCAUAACAAUAAAGAAAGUAGUAGCGAGAAGUCGGAAAGCAACAACAACAACAAACUCCCCACCUCCUCCUCUCUCCCCUCGCCCUUGUCAGCCAUGAACCCCGGCUCGUCCCACAUGGGCAGGAUCCACCCAUCCCAGCUACAAGGACUAGCUAGCAUGUACCCAUACCAGCUCCUGUCGGGAGGACACGGCUUGCCCAACCGACCCCCGUUUCUGUUCCACCCCUCGCAGCUGGCCAUGAGCGGCGGAGGCAUGCCCCAGUUCCCCAUGAACCCGUUCCUGGCCUUCCCCGUGCCGCAUUCCGGGAUGAACGGGGCGACUCAGCCCCUCAGCUCGCCGACACACCCCCUCCUGGCGUCUCAAGGCUACCCGUUCUUCGGCAUGUCUCCUCAAGGAUACACCGCCCUUCUGGACGGCUCCAUCUUCAACCCGGGCUUCUCCUUCCCUCAGGCCGCCGAGCUCCACAAACGUGCAAUGGCCGGGGCGCGACACCCGCUGCGGUUCUCUCCCUACCCCCUCUCCGCUACCUCCACCACCAUGGUCACCACGGGUUCUCCCGUGGUCUGCCCGGGCAUUCCGUCUCGGACGGACGCGUCGUCGUCGUCGGACGCGCCGCGGGAGUCGCCGUCGUCCUCGUCGUCUCCCGGCGUCAGAAAGAACACGAGUCCCAAGCGGGCGUCGUCCCCGCCGACGCGUACGUCCGUGUCAGCGCCGGAGGUGUCCAGCGAGCUGCAGAACAUUCAGAAACUCGUGAGCGGGCUGGAAAAACAACAGGAGCAACUCGCGGUGGAGACUCUGACCAAGCUUACCGAGCAGAGCAAGUUGCAGUAGUAGUCUCUAAAAGUGUGGGUCUACUAAAGUGAACACUAGAACACGUGGACGAGAGAGAGAACACACGAAGAGAACACUUGUGUCCUACAAGACGCUCGACUAACGGUAACUCAAGCUUCAGUCUCUUUAAUUGUCGUGUGAUCUGUAUGAUAUUUUAUGGGUAGAAAAUGUCGUGAGAAUAUCCCCUCUCUUCCCUGCACGAUCGGAAUUUUGACUAUCCACUGCCUGUAAUAUCGGUGGCGUGCCUGUGUUCUAUCUGCCGCGGUAUCAACACGGCGUGUCAGUUUCACAAACAUAAGACAGGCGUUUCUGGUGACGCCAUCGGGAAAUUGGACAAGUCUAUGUGUAGCUCCCAGCGUCGGAUGUAAUUAUGUUCAUCGUGAUUACGAUUCUGUAUCAAUCAGAGACACUCAGAGAGAUCCCUGUUUUGUGGAAAGAUAGAAGAAAAAAAAAAACAGUUGUGUUCUACGUAACGUGGGGAAUUUGCCAAAUAGAAGUUGAAAAAAAUGUCAGUUAUUGAUAGAGAUGAAAAGAAAAAGUGUAAAACGUCGUAGCCACAUAAGACGAUGAAAAAGUCAGUAUGUAUGUAUGUAUGCACCUGUAUGUAAGAAUGCUAUUGUUGUGUUGCAUAUUAUAUUAUAACUAUAUUUGUAAAUACGGAAGCAUAAUGUCGGGGAUGUGUUAUUUCUGAUGUCCCUUACUCUACGGAGACGGGGCGUGUUGACUGUUGUUCAGACGCGCCCCUAUGUGUAUGGCCGGUACUACACUUUAGUCUUUACCCCGGGGCUGUUGUACAAGGGCCGGGCUCGUCCUGUGCUUUUUACCCCAGUCUUGUAAUCAAAACAGAAACGCAUUUACUCCUCAUGGGCUGGCCCCAAAAAACGGAAACAGAACCUCACUAUAAAGCUAUCCAGGGUCAAUUCCCGCCUUUUUUAUUAUUUGUUCGUCGUUAAAAACUUUAUUUAUGGUGCCUGCCGGCGGCAAGUAUAUUGUCACAAGCGAGUGUUUCUGUAGUCAGAUCGUUUACGCCAAUAAAACGCUCGUGAAGAUGGUCCGAA